CACUUCAAUCACAAGGUGUUACGAGAUGAAUAGAAAUGCAUCCUCAUUUAGCCAAUGAGAAACAAGUGCAUUGUGGAGAAUUGAUCGAUCAACUUCAACAAUGUCAUCAAGCCGGUUUUAUGCACAAAUAUAUGGGUGGCUGUAAUGGGAUCAAAGAAGAAUUAAACGCAUGCUUGCGUGAAGAGAGAUUGAUUCGAACACAGAAAAAUCGAGAAGCAAGCAAGGCACAGAAUGAGAAGAAGAAGGCCAUGUGGAAGGAUAUCGAUGAGAACAGAUAGCAGCGCCUCUCGUCGAAGUGAUGGCGGUCAUUCUCUUACUCUCGCAUUUCGCUUAAAGGACUAUAAUCUGCUAUCCUACACAGAGUCGUCACGAAAGUCUGGCUGCUGGCCAUGUAUUGACAAGAGGAUGAGGGCACCGCCGUACUCUAUUGUAGAAUCAUACUUAAUCAGCAUGAAUGUAUCACCUGUCACGUGUAUAAGAAUUUUUCAAAAAGAUUAAACAUUUUUGGCGCGAU